AUGGGGAGGGGAAGGGUGGAGCUGAAGAGGAUUGAGAACAAGAUCAACCGGCAGGUGACCUUCUCCAAGCGCCGGAAUGGCCUGCUGAAGAAGGCUUACGAGUUGUCCGUUCUCUGCGAAGCCGAGGUUGCACUCAUCAUCUUCUCCAGCAGAGGGAAGCUCUACGAGUUCGGCAGCGUUGGGUAACGAGUCGAGAACGAGAUCCCACCCCCCCCCCCUUCAAACACCCUCGCUCAAUAUCUUUCGUCUGACAUCCAUCUCCGCGACCUCCCACCCUCUCUCUCUCUCUCUUCUCUCUCUCUCUCUCUCUCUCUCUCUCUCUCUCUCUCUCUCUCUCUCUCUCUCUCUCUCUCUCUUUCUCUCGAUCGAUCGCUCGAUCCAUUAGUGUUUGCAUGUUCCUCCAAAAUCCUGGAUCGAUCUUCCAGGUCAGGAUUUCUACUCAAGGUCUUUGGUGUUCGAUUAGGACCGAACGAUCAUCCCUUUCUCCUGUUAGAGAGGGUUGUUUUCCUGAUUGACGAGGGUUUCAGAUGCUCUUUUCUCACCACAAAGAAGAUCUAGGCAUAGAAUGGAAAAACAACUUUCAAGACCUAGGAACCUGCACAACUGACGGGACCUGCAUCUGCUGCAGGGACCCAACCUCUCUAUUUUCUCCCUCUCUGGAAUUCAUGGGGCGGAUUUGCUUCUUGCUGACUUCCUCACUCACCACCAGGCGUCGGUGAGAUCAGAGGAGGCCCCAGAAGCCGCAGUAGCAUCUUCCUGGUUCGCUUUCUCCACUGUUUCUGAGGUCGGAACUCAAUAUAAAAGAAGAAGAAAUAUACUCUUCCUUCUUGUCAAAUCAGUAUUUCUCAGACAGGAGGUGCUCCCUCGCCCAUUAAAAUCUCAAUAAUCACUAAGAUCUGGUUUUCUUGAUAUCUGUUGGUUUUCACCUUGAUGAAGAUGUUUCCUCCGAUUCUCAGGCGCCGUCCAAUCCCCGCCAGUUUCCCGCCUGAAACCCCUCUCCAUCAGCUCUCCUGUCCGGUUUUCCACUCUCAGAACAUUCAUGGCGACCCAUCGUACAUCCUCGGCGUCUUCGCCACCCCCCCUCUGCACGCCGCUGUCUACUCGCCGUCCCAACGAAGAUCUUCGACGUGCGGAAGCGGCAAGACAGACAUUUCCGUAGUCUAACUCAGGGACAAUAUAUCUGUAGACGAUGAAUCGUCAUCAAAACUUCGUUGAUCCAUUGAGUCAGUCUGGCUGCACUCCUGUGUCUGGUCCUGCGAGCGUUUACCUGGUGAAUCUUCCUUCGUUGUAGACACAGAUCUGUUGCUUCCUUCGACCUCUCUUCUUCUUGUACCAAAGACGGCCAUGGAAGCGGAAGCCAAUCGAACUGUAGGAGGAUCUCUUCAAGCUGCAGCAUGAACAAAAACCUUCUAUGAAUAGAUAUCCAACGCCUUCUGCCAGCUUCCGCAUCCAUAUCCUACGCAUGCAAAUCACAUAUGCACUCCCUGACUGAUCUAGUGAACGUUACGACCUCUCUAGACCCACAAGUCUUCGAUUGUUGCAGACGCUGACCUUCAACAAAUUAGAACACUUCAUCAACUGAUUUCAAAACCUUUAGCUGGGAUUUCAUAUCCUUGAAGCUGUUUCAUGCCCGAUUGGCUUCCCAAGAAAACUUCACAGAAUGGCUUCCCCGAUGCCGUCAUCAUACCAAAAUAAGUAUCCCAUUGGGAUCUAGUAGGAUUCUUCACUUGUCUUCAAAGUAGUUCUUCGUCCGGUGAAAACUUCCGUACGACUUCAGAAUGAGCAGGAAUUUUGACUUUUUUUAGUUCUUGGAGUUGACAUCGAUUGAUGCUAUGCCGUAAGGAGAGGUAAAUUUCAUUACUCGAUCGUAAUAAUAUAUAUUGAGCUCGGUAUUUUGUAAGUAAAUAUGAAUAAUGACUAUAAAAUAUUUACAUUUGUCAACAAAUAACGAAUAUCAGCACCAUAUCACCAAUCGCUAAGAUUUAGACCUAUGUGGCCAUGUCCUAGUGAUGCAUUCACUCAUUUUUCUGAGCUUAAGAUGGCCAUUCAUACACAUUCAUUCAUAUCUGCAACUCUCUACCUAUUUCUAAGAUUUAUAAUGUUAAAUUAAGCAUAAUUGAACAUUGCUAUAAUUAUGCCACCUCAUGUUUCAAAGUUGUGGUAACUUUUUAGAAUCGAGUGCUUGUUCUUCGGUAGCUUCCUUUGAUGAAAUAAUUAAAUAAAUACUAUCAUACAAACCAUCACUCACUAGGUUGUUUCUAAGCUCAUUUAAUCUAUGAGCAUGUUUGGUACCCAUAAUAGCAUUGAAUUAUCAUCCUUGUUGUGUUGUUAGAUCCACAUAGCAUUCUCUAUAGUUAAAAGAUACUAGUGAUGUUCAUCUUUGUGACUUCAUGACUUCAUGACUUAUAUCAUAUUUCAAUCUGGAAUCUUCCAUUAUAGAUGCUCUCAAAAAUAAAGAUAAAUCCAUAAAUAUUAUAAUGGAUAACUAUGAGGUUUUCAAUUCGUACCACCCAUUGGAUGCCACCAAAAUUACCUUCAAAGUUAAUCAUAUUUCAAUAUUCAUGAUAAUUUUGUGUCACUUUGGGAAAGUUUUCUAGUGUUGGUUCUUGUCCUCAUGUAUUAUACCACCUUGGCAUUUAUAACAUAUCAUAUCUUAUUACGCACUGGUUUUCCUUGGACACUUAUUGAAAAAUUGUAAUGCCUCAAAGAGUAUGUAAAUAGAAAUAUUUCAUUCAUGCUUCUUAUUACUUAUGAAUUUAUUUGACCUUUCCAACUACUCUUUAUUUUUUUAGAAUUGCUAAGACAUUGGAGCGUUACCAACGUUGUUGUUACAAUUCUCAGAGUUCUGCUAUUGUUGACCAUGAAACACAGGUAUCUGCUCUUCAAUAAAGUAUGAUAAUCAUAGUUAUGUCAAUUAAUUUAUAAAUUAUCUCCAUGAUUCGAUGCUAUUAAAUUUUUCCUAUUGUCUAUAGUCUUGUUUCCAAAUUAAUUUACAAUAUCGUUAUGCACAUAUUAUCAUUAGAAAAUGAUAAAGUUAUUAGCAUAGAAAAUGUAAAAUAAUUACAAAGUAUGUGAUAAAUAUGUUUCUAGAUCGCAAGGUAGUAACAUCAUUCCAUUGAUUUAUCUUUAUUAAUUCAUGAUUUGAUGAUUGAAACAUCAUCAUAUUUUUUAUUUUCUAUUAUAUUAUAUCAAUUAAAUAAUAUUUUUUGGAAACAUCAAUUUUACGUGGGAUUGUUACCAUUUUAUAAAGUUAAUUCAACACUUUCCUCCCAAUGAUAUAACAUUCGUUUCACUUCAUCCGUGCUCUGCACACAAUUAACAAUAAAUUAGCAUUACUUGUGUGCAAGAUAAAGCUUAACAAGGCCAUUCGGUCACUUGACCAAACCACUUUCACUUUAAAUGUUAUUAUGAUGAUAAUGGAAUAUCUUAAGGCAUGUCACACCAUUUUAAUAUGACUUAAUUUAUGAUAAAAUCAUAAAUAAAGUUGGUUAAUUUGUCAAUUCAUUUGCGACUGACUAAUAGCUUUGAAUUAACAGAUAUUCAUUUUCAUGGACCCCUUUAGUGAAGAUAUUAUGAAAAAUAAUUUCAAUAACCACCAUCAUUAAACCCUUACAAAAAUAUUACUGUUUUACACCACUCCUAUUUCAAAUAGCUUUCUGGUCAAUUUCAACGUUUAAAAGUGCAACUGAAAAACAAAACAUUGAGCAUGAAAGAAUUUAAAUUUAAAUUUCAUGAUUUAUGUAGUAUGUAAUGAACUGUUUGAAUUUUUAAUGAAAUUUCAGGAAAAAAAUUAAUCUAUGUAAAUUGUCUUCUAAGUAAUCAUUUUUAUUCAUCGGAAAUGGUGAAUCUGAAAGGAGCAGAAUAUAUAACUUUUUAGCAGGGAAUUUAUUUUGAAUGCUAUUGAGUUGCCGUAGCUUCUUAAAAGAUUGUUCCUCUCAAAGGGUUACAGAGAGUUUAGCUAUCAAUAUUAGUGAACUGUAUAACUUGUUCAUACUGUGUGCAGACUUGGUAUCAGGAAGUGUCCAAGCUGAAGGCAAAAUAUGACUCUUUGCUACGCUCACAGAGGUUAUUUCCUCUGAAAAUCUCUGACUCCAUUCAGCUAAGAGCAAACUAUUCACAUUUGGAAUCAUUCUUCCCGGUCUUGAUGCAUUCUUUGGGGCAUCAAGUGUGACUAAAUUCGUGAAAUAUCUCUUAAGGCACUUACUAGGAGAGGACCUCGGGCCUUUAAGCGUGAAGGAACUUCAACAGCUCGAAAGGCAGCUGGAAUCCACCUUGUUCCAAGCCAGACAGAGGAAGGUAAGCCUUUCACCUUGUUCUUGCUUGAUUAUUAAGCAAGAACAAGUUAAACAGAACUGCAUGAAGAAAGAUAUUAUUAGAAAUAAAAUAAACCUUUUCUAACUGAAAUAUUAUUUGCUAAAUUUGAGCAUGGCUCUUACAUCAUAUGCUCUGUUUUGUGCUUGUGCAGACCCAAAUAAUGUUGGAUCACAUGGAGGAACUGCGGAAAAAGGUAAGUCUGGAGUGGGGAUGGAAUAAGGGCUGGGCUUCUGUUCUUUGGAUUUGAUGAUUGCUCACUAAAGUUGCCAGAAAACUCCCAUAAAUGUGUAAGAAAUAACGAAAAGGGAUUGAGCGUCCACAUCAUUACUGAUUGCUGUGCUGUCGUGCCCAACGGCUGUCAGCAAGAAUUUGAUCUAGUCGUCACUGCCAAUCCGAACUAACCCCAUCGAUUCCAUGAGCAAGUGGCUUACUCCAUGCAGCGAAAUAAUGAUAAAUUUAGCAAUUACCAGUUAGAACUACUCAACGUUCGUAUGCAUCAUGUUGAGGUCCAUUCUUCCCCAUCUUCAAACUACAUACUGUCUCUCCCUCUCCCUCUCCCUCCCUCUCUCUCUCUCUCUCUCUCUCUCUCUCUCUCUCUCUCUCUCUCUCUCUCUCUCUCUCUCUCUCUCUCUCUCUCUCUCGCUCUCGCUCUCUCUCUCUCCAUCUGUAUAUGUGCGUAUGUGGGACUAUAUCUCGGUCUAUCCAUCCCAUUUCUGAUCAAUGGCCGAACAUUCAGGAGCGCCAACUUGGGGAGAUAAACAAGCAGCUAAGGAGCAAGGUCUGGCUUCUUUCAGGGGCAGUCUUUUCCAACUCAUUUUACUGCAGGGAGAAGAGUACAUUCACCAAUCAACUUCAGCAUCUGAUCUUCGUCACUCCACAGCUUGAAGCAGAAGGAGCGACCUUCAGAGCUCUACAGGGGCCAUGGGAGCCCAACGCCCUGUUGCUGGGCAGCAGCGCAUUCUCAGCACAGCCUCAGUCCAACGUCAUCGAUUGCGAGCCCACCCUUCAGAUCGGGUAGCUCUCUCUCUCUCUCUCUUUCUCUCUCUCUUAUCCUCGUCUGAAUUAUCUAGUGGGUGAAAUCUUUGCCCACUGUUUCUCAUCCUACGGCCCUCGUCUACUGUAGCUACCACCACUUCGCCCCACCUGAGACCGCCAUCCACCAGAACAUCCCGGCGGAGAGCAACCUCCUGCAGGGCUGGCUCCUCUGA